GGUGGGGUGGAGUCAACUAGCUGAGUUCAGAACGAGGAAGCUCAUCGUCAUUUGGAAAUUUUACGGUGAAGACUGAGCACAAUGCCUGAAGCAGACAUCGCACUCAUUGGUUUGGCUGUCAUGGGCCAGAACCUUAUCAUGAACAUGAAUGACCAUGGCUUCGUCGUGUGUGCCUACAACCGCACUGUGUCCAAGGUGCAUGACUUCCUGCAGAACGAGGCAAAGGGCUCCAAGGUGAUUGGCGCCGAGUCACUUGAGGACAUGGUGUCCAAGCUGAAGAAGCCCAGGAGGAUCGUUUUGCUGGUCAAGGCCGGACAGGCGGUGGAUGACUUUAUUGACAAACUGGUUCCCCUCCUCGAGAAAGGAGAUAUAAUCAUCGAUGGGGGCAACUCCGAAUACAGAGACACGACUAGACGCUGUAAGAGUCUGAAAGAGAAGAACUUGCUCUUUGUGGGCAGUGGAGUCAGCGGUGGUGAAGAGGGGGCACGCUAUGGACCCUCUCUCAUGCCGGGAGGACAUCCGGAGGCCUGGCCUCACAUUAAAGACAUCUUCCAGAGCAUCGCUGCCAAGGUGGGAACAGGAGAGCCGUGCUGCGAUUGGGUAGGCGAUGAGGGCGCCGGUCAUUUUGUCAAAAUGGUUCACAAUGGCAUCGAGUACGGUGACAUGCAGCUGAUUUGCGAGGCCUAUCACCUGAUGAAGGACGUACUCGGGAUGGACCACGAUGAGAUGGCCAAGGCUUUUGACGACUGGAACAAAACUGAGUUGGACUCGUUUCUUAUCGAGAUCACCGCCAACAUCCUUAAGUAUCGAGACGCCGACGGUACGCAUCUGUUGCCCAAGAUUCGCGACAGUGCGGGACAAAAAGGCACGGGGAAGUGGACUGCUAUUUCAGCCCUUGAGUAUGGCACUCCUGUAACCUUGAUCGGAGAGGCAGUCUUUGCCCGAUGUCUGUCCUCCCUGAAAGACGAAAGGGUGGAGGCUAGCUGCAGCCUGGCGGGGCCAGCGGGAGUCAAGUUCAAUGGCAAUAAGGAGGCCUUCCUGGAAGACAUCAGGAAGGCCCUGUACGCCUCCAAAAUCAUCUCGUACGCGCAGGGCUUCAUGCUGCUUCGCCAGGCUGCCAAAGAGUUUGGCUGGUCCCUCAACUACGGCGCCAUUGCGCUAAUGUGGAGAGGAGGCUGCAUCAUUCGCAGUGUGUUCCUGGGCAAAAUUAAAGAGGCGUUUGACAGGGAUGCAGAGCUGCAGAACUUGUUGUUGGACUCUUUCUUCACCGAUGCUGUACACAAAUGUCAGGAGUCAUGGCGUCGAGCAGUCAGCACGGGCGUCCAGCAUGGCAUCCCCAUGCCUUGUUUCACCACUGCCCUGUCCUUCUAUGAUGGCUACAGGCACCAGAUGCUGCCUGCCAACUUACUUCAGGCACAGAGAGAUUACUUUGGGGCUCACACCUAUGAGCUGCUGACCCAGCCGGGCAACUUCAUCCACACUAACUGGACGGGCCACGGUGGAAACGUCUCAUCUUCCUCCUACAACGCGUAGCGAGCAUGGCGAUAUAGACCGCAAACAAGAACAUGCAAAAGUCACAUUGCGUAAAAAGACAUGCUACACAUUCCGCCAGUACAUGACCACAGCAUUUCGACUUGUAACGUUGUGGUGCUUUUUAUCUUUCCAAGCGUUGAUUCCCAGAUAGACCGACGUUGAAAAGAUGUUGAAUCAACAUUCCGUUCUGCUGUCGAUCUUAUAUCGUUGAAACAACGUCAGCUUUGCACCCUCAAUUAAUGGUGUUUCAACAUUGAAAUCCUUUCAAAACCUAAACAUCAUUUGAAUUAUUAAUAAUAUUGGAACAACGCUGACUCAAUGUUAUGUUUUCAAACAAAAUGCCUGCUCAUUCAUAAUUCAAUGACUUUUCAAUCAUAUUUCCCGGUCAAUAAUAAAUCAACUAUUUGUCAACAUUAGUUCAUCUACUGUAAAAAAAUGUUAACCCAACGAUCACCAGCAAUACCAUAGAGGAAUGUUGUUUCAACGUCACUUGACGUUGAAAAUUUUGAUGUCAACCAUCGAAAAUCAACGUUUAUUCAAUGUUGGUCCGCUAUCUAGGUUGGUAGAUGUGUCUGUGUCAGGUUGGGGCCUGAGUCCGGAGCAUUAACACUGGAUUUAAGCUGAAGCAUUGCUCUGUACUUUACUAGGCUAAAUAAAGAUUUCAAUCCCUUUAUAAUUAGAUUGAAUACUCGUUACUCACAGGAUUCCCGAGUGUUUGUGUGUGGUUCUAUAAAUGGAGUGACGACAAACUGAGAGGGUUCACAAAGUACACACAAAAUACACUGACAUAGUCUAUAGUACAUUGUUUUAAAAAAAAAAAAAAAAAAAAAAAGGCAGCAGCCAAGACAAGUACAUUCCACAAAUUAGGGACAACAAAUUCAAUACUGUUUUAAAAGUGGGAGGGACACGAAUGCAUUUUAUUUUGAAGACAUGUAUACAUGCAUUAAAAUUGCUCUACUGUUUUUUUUAACCAAUUUCAGGGGAUGUAAAUGCUCAGUAACCCGAUUUGAAGGUACAAUGUGGCCAUAUUUUGCUACCAUACAAUGCAAUAGAUAAAAGCAUUGUCGUACACUUGGUGGUCAUACAUUUGGUACAAAACAAUUUUGAAAUGUUCAUUUAACAUUUGCAUAUAUAAUAUACAAAUACGCC